ACGUCAACCGAGAUUUUUAUGUAAGUGAAAUGUCAAAAUGGGAGUGAAAACUUAAAGAAAACAAUGUGAAAUUACUGUAUUUUUUAUUCUAAGGAUGAAAAGAAUCUACGUAAUGACGCUAUAAUAUCACAUCCGAAAUGUUUACCAAGAAAUCUCACCAGGAUGUUAAGAAAUCAACGGUUAAAAUACAAGACUCGAAAAAGGAUUCAGCAACCCGAUUAAAACACUUAAAAAUCGUUUUAGAACAUUUUGACACAGAUGAAGCAAAAAAUUAUUUUGAAGGCAACUUCAGUCAUGUAUACUUCAUACUAUAUGACAACUUCAUCCAGGCUGAAAAUAAUUUACGACAACGAGAACUUCCAUUUCAUCUCGUACAUAAGGCAGGCAGAGAGGAGCUAGAAGGGGCAUUGUCCCUUCUAGACAAAGUACUAUGCCUUCUGCCGGAGCUGAUCGGGAAAAGAUGGCAGUUACACUCAUUGACGAGAAUAUUUUCGAAACUCCUCCAUAGCGGGAACUCGCAGAAACUGAGAGCAGAGGCUAUAAGAUACUUCCUGCUGUGGUAUCAGGCGCUUGGUGACAAUGCUCCGAAUGAAGUACAUAAAAUGUUCGCCACUCUCGUGCCCGGCAUGCCUGAACCCACCCUAAUGCCAAUCGGAUCUCCUCUGAAACCAAAUAUUACGGCAAACGAGACCCAUGGCUCCGGGGACUUCAGUAUAGAGGAUAUAAUGCACCAUCCCAACUUCAACUCCGCAGCAGACAAUGCUAAAAAGGUCGUGGUUGAACAAACUCCUACAGGAAUUAUGGGGAAGAUAGCCAAUGUAUCAGCUUCAAUAUUCCACGACACCAACGCUCUAAACCCAGUCCAAAGUGUAGAGAUCCAACCGCUCCUGCCACCAAGUGCCAAUGAAAAGGCUGUUGACAAUGAAACAAAAUAUUUCUUCGAUAUACUCCUCGAUGGAAUGGCCACGUCCGUCACGAAGAUCCAGUGGAGGGACAGAUGUCACACGAAGGCAAUGAGAUGUUUCGCAUUUCUGUUGGAGAAAUUUAAGAUUUAUUAUUUGCCUGUUAUCUGUCCACAGUUUAAUGUCAAAAAUUCGUUGUAUAAACCUAAUUUAGAACUGCCAGUCCAACACAACAUACUAGAAGACGACUACGUGCUAUGCAGAGUAACGUUAAUCAAAUGGGUAGCAAGUUACGCGCAUUUCAUGAAGAAGCAAGGCAGUGACGGUGGUCAGCCUUCUUCCAUGACCAGCACCGGGUCUCACAUGCCCCACUCGAAUACUCCUACACCUGCAACUUCGCUACACCAUGAGGAAGAAACCUCUUUCACUGUUGGACAUCCCUCGGAUUCCAGCAGAGCAUCGUCUCAUGAUUCCGCGUCCAAUACUCCGCAUCCUAGCUUGGAGUCAGGUUCUGGUGUAUUUGAAGAGCUAAGUUCGGAGCUAGUAGUGCGUGACGUGCUGUGUUGUUCGUCGCGGGAGCAUGUUGACUUCACUAUCGAAGUGUUGAGACAAGCCUUCCUACUGCCUUUCUCGCACGCCGCCGCUGUUAGACGCGUCAUCGCUUUGUAUAAGGAUUGGAUACAGAUGAACGUGGCAGAAAUGCCCCCGUUCCUGAUGGAGAACACGUUCGAGCAGCAGGGCGGCGGGGAGCCCGCGAUACCGCCGCGGCGCCUGCGCAACGACUCCUACCUCGGUGCUGUUGGACGGGACAAUAUCAUGGUCCGAGCUGGGUUGCAGAACGUGCUACAAAUAUUCAUGACGCAAGCGGCGAACGUGUUCCUAGCGUCCGCCUCGCCAGUGGCGCCACCUGGUGCCCUCAACCAGCAACAGUUGUUGGAGGAACAAACGGACACGUGCAAGCGAGUGCUGAAUAUCUACAGAUACAUGGUCAUGCAUGUCGCUAUGGAUGCUAAUACUUGGGAGCAGUUACUACUGGUGCUAUUGCAGAUAACAUCAUUGGUGCUUACUAAAGUGCCACCGAAACGAAAACAAGAGUCUUUAGGAGGGUUUCUGGCACCGGCUUUGUUCCAAACUCUGAUAGUGACAUGGAUCAAGGCGAAUUUGAACGUAGCGGUGAAACCCGAGCUGUGGCAGAACUUCAUGGAGCUACUCACGAGGCUUACACACUGGGAGGAUCUUAUCAAGGAGUGGGCGAAAACCAUGGAGACAUUGACCCGCGUAUUAGCGCGGCACGUGUACUCGCUGGACCUGUCGGAGAGCUCGGCGGAGCGCGGGCGCGGCGGCCGGCGCCUGCCCCCCGCGCCCGCGCCGCCCCGCCCCGCACUGGCGCACCACGCCGCCAUCGCACUCUCUACACACACCACACGCACUCCUGGAAAAUCACCGAAAUCAGGCCAUGAACCGCAUCCCCGCAAAGAAACAAGCACACGACGACAACUCACGAGGAGUCGCAGUGACCCGCACUUGGGCAAACAGAUUCAGACGCAUACGGAAACCAAAGAACCAACCAACGACAAGACAAGGAGAUGGUAUUCUUUAGAUUCUUUACGAAACUCAUCGCAACACGAGGAGAGAGAUUCGGCCAGUGGGUCACGGUCGCCGUCUCCCGCUCCUUCAAGUGGCGUAGAAAGCAGUUCCAUCAAAGAUUCUCCACUGCAAAUAGACUUGGCGUCAGAUGGCGGCAAUGUCGUAGGUUCAUUGGAUAUCGGUCUGCCAGAAUGGACGGAGAACGAGUCGGGGGAGUCGCUAGGCGGUGCGGGUGGGGGGGAGGGGGUGGGGGUUGUGAUGGGGGGGCGGGCGAGGGGGUGGCUGCCUGACGUGGCGGCCGUGCUGUGGCGCCGCAUGCUGGCCGCGCUGGGGGACCCCAACCUACUGCGGGACCCGCACGCACACGCCAACCUCUACAACUAUCUCAUACAUCUCAACAGUACGCUGCUCAAGAUAAGUGCGAACCAGACGCUCAAUGGGAACACGGAGAUCCACGUACCGUUCAACUUGGUGGCGGGCUGGUGUCUCGAGGCCGAGGCGCUGCCUCCCUCGCACAGGGCGGGUAAGCUCCUGGCACUGCGUUUACUAUGCGAGUCGACGCAGGCGCAGGGCCCGGGCGCGCCCUCCUCCUGCAACAACCGCCUGCAUCUCGCACACCUGCACCUUUACCAACGAGCUCUUCAUCAUGGUCUAACCGGUGAGGAUCGCUCAGUGGUAGACGUGUUGGUGGAGCAUGCAGCGCCGCGCUACCUGUCGCUGGCGCUGGACGGCUACUCGUUACUGCUACUGGACUUCGUGCACGCCUCCACUGUCGUACUUAACUCUUCCGAUAUGGGUCCUUCGUGUCCACGCACAGCGGCGGUGACGUUCCUCGGCUCGCUGCUGUCUCUACCGGACGGGCUGAUGAACGCGCCCAUGUUGCAGCCCUACCCCCACCAAUACAACACCGUAUCCUGUCCUGACCUCAAGGAGCACGUGCUAAACAUAGUAGUGCGAGUAUGUCGCCGUGAGGGCGGGGCGGCGGCGCGGUGCGCGGGCGCAUGUGCCCUGACGGCGCACGUCUGCCAUCUACUGGACACGCGCGCCACCGCGCCGCGUCUGCCUUCAUACGUCACCUGCUUGCUGCAGAUGCUUAUGAUGAAGAACAAGAACAUAGCGAAGGUGGUGAGUGACUGCGUUCUGGCGCUCGCUGACUACACGGACAGGAUCGUCGAGCUCUACCCCGGACUAGCUGGUAAAAUCAUCAAGUGGAUAUGCGCAUGUUUAGCGCAGAUCUCGCCCAGUAGUUCCAGAGACUCGGUGAAGCCUUUAGCUGGUUCUCUAUUACUGUGCCUGGCUGAGUUCGCGGUGAGAUGUGGACCCACUUACCUGAUGCAGGAGAAGGAUGGAGACCAGACACUGCUGCUUAUGAUAUUUAAGGUACUAUACGCUGUGAUGAAAGGCACUAAUGGAUCUGACAUAGAAGGCCUGUCGCUGCCCGUGGACGAGGACUUCGACCCGAACAUACAGCUGGACAACCUGGGACCAAAGACAACGCCCGCCUCUACUAUAGACGUCAAAUUAUGGGCACAAACGAUAUGCACCCAGCUGGUCCUGUUCCUGGGCCACUGGCCGCUGUGGACCGGCUGGCAGGUGUCGUCGUCGGUGUGCGAGCAACACGACAGCCCGGCGCUGGGCGGCGAGCUGGGGCCCGCCGUGCUGGCCGCGCCGCAUCUGCAGAUGCUGCGCCUUAGUGACUCUACGCUCGCCUCCUUUAUAGAACUGCCCGCCUUGGACAUGCCUGCCGCUACCACGCCUGGUCUAAUGACAUCGGACAAGCAGGCGCGAGUGUUGCUCCGCGACAUAGCGGGCAAGGCGUGCUGGGACGCGUCGGCGCUCUACUACGACCCUUCUGUCACCUCUACGGAAACUAUAGAACCGCUGGAGUUGCCCGACACUGAUGAAUGUCCAAGAGACAACACACUGUCAUCUCUCCCGCCGCCACUACCUCCAGACUUGCUACCGGACUACAAGAACUGCCCGCCGGAUAAACAUCAAUUGGACCAUGUACUAGCAUACAUCGGUCACACAUCCCCCGAGGUGGUGUGUGGGCGGAGACUGGACGAGGCCGGCCCGUCCCCCCUACCCCCCGGGGCUGAGGACGAACUGGUGGCCACGCUGGUAGCACAUCGGAAUAGUGAACGACAUUACUUGGCUACUAGGGACAGUACGUCGUGUAGCUACGAAGAGGACGAAGCCCCGCUGAGCGCGGCGGGCGUGGGCGCGCGGCCCUUCGGCGUGUGUCGCGCGCUGGCCGCGCAGCUGGGCACGCUGGCGCCCGCGCGACGGACGCACGCGCAUCUACUGCGCCGCACCGACCGACUGCUGCGGGACCUCAGGAACCUGGACGCGCAGAGAUGUCGUGAGACGCACAAAGUGGCCGUGAUAUACGUAGGCAAAGGCCAGGAGAACCGCAACGAGAUCCUCUCCAAUAGAUGCGGGAGUCCUGCUUACGAAGCCUUCCUUGCUGCGCUGGCGUGGGAGGUAGAGUUGGAGAGCCACGUUGGGUUUACGGGCGGUCUGCGAGGCGGCGGGGGCGGCGGGGUGAGCGCGCCCUACGUGGCCACGCUGACGCUCGAGGCCUUGUUCCACGUCGCUACCAGGAUGCCCGCCGACACACCCGAUGCUAUCCUCAAUAAGACUCGCCACCUGGGUAACGACGAGGUGCACGUGGUGUGGAGCGAGCACUGGCGGCCGUACAAGCGCGACACGUUGCCCACACAGUUCUGUGACGUGCUCAUAGUACUGUAUCCGCUGCCCGGAGGACUACUGCGCUGCACCGUGUCUAGGAAACCUGAUGUGGUGGCGUUCGGUCCGCUGUGGGAGGAGUGCGUGGUGCGCGUGGGGUGCGCGGCGGCGCUGGUGCGCGCGGCGGCGUGCUGCGGCGGGCGGGCCGUGCGCGCCGGCCUGCCGCUGUACCUGCACGCCUACACGGAGCGCGCGCGCGAGCUGGCCGCGCUCGUGGCCGCGCACUCGCUGCCCACCACCUUCGAGGCCUUCGUCGAGCGCAUGCGCGACCCCGUGCCCGCCGGCCCCGCGUCGCACGAUCAAGGCACGGGUCGACUUGCCGCAGCCUUGCUGGACCACGGCGCUAGUGGUUGGAGUGGAGGUGGAGACAACCAUGGCGUAUCCCCGCGGCCCUCUAAGCGGCUGGGUCCAUUCAAGCGGCCCCCCCAGGCUGCGGCCCCCGGCCCCCACACAGCGCCCCCACUGUCAGGGCCACCCCCACUGUCGGGACCGACCCUUCUGUCAGGGCCGCCCCCUCUCACCGCCCCCGCCCCCGGCUCCCGCCGCAACCGGUGAGCAGACCCUCGGCUCUCCGUGUCGACAGCUUCUUAGGAUAUUCGAUAUCCAGUCACCAAUCUUAAGCACCACUCAUCUUGUUUUAGUGGCGAAAAUGUUCACGUCACAUACCACCUUUAGAGGCAUGACAAGUCCGUCAGAAGCUUUGCUGGAUGCGAUUAGUUUAUAAAAAUAAGAAUAAAGUUCCAUCUAUGUAGCUGUAUGAAAGAGCAUACAUUGCUACGGAUCUCGGUGCUUCAUGCAAUACCGAUCAAGAAGAAAUCGGUCGCUAAAAGCUAUAAUGGUGCGUAACACGUUAGAUUUAGUAGACGGGAUUAUGUCAGACUAAACUUGAUCUAUAUUCACCCAACUCACUCUCCAUCGAAUAUUAACGACAGCAAUAAAUUAAUAAUCAUGGUGUGAUGACGCCAUUCUGUUUGUCCACUUGCACCAAAAGUACCCGCCUACAAUGCUAUGCAACGCGUAGGCCCAUCGCAGUUGAAAUGUUUCUGUGAACGACUCCACUCUGUAUCUUAAGUUAAUUCGUCCAUCGAGAGAUUAUAGCACUACUUAACGGACUUAAAGGAAUUUUCAUGUACUUAAUAUUUUGUAAGCUUUUAAUAUCUGUAGAGUCUUGCAUUUAAAAUGUAAUGUACAUGCUUGCUGUUAGCUUGAAGUGUGCAAACUGUAGAGUUAAAAUGUUGAAAACGUUUUAACAAAAUAUUUUUAUGUGAAUGUCUUGGAGAUAUAGGAACUGUUAUCAGCAAUCAUUCGACAUAACAUUGGUGUUUCUGUACAUAUGUAAACUAGAUGUAGAGCUUUAACUGUUGUAGGUUUGUUUAUACAAUUACUAUUUAUUUGCAUAAUUGAAGUUAAAUCAAGUCCCAUUCGUUGUUAUUAUUUAUUUUUGUUUAGAGAGGACUUUGUAAAUCAGGCUAAAAUGUACACGAUAGUGAGCAGGUAAAUUUUAAUCAUAAAAUAUUCAUAGUCCAUGUCAUUAUUCCACAAUAUAUCCUACAAGAUGCUCUAGUCUGGUCUCAUAGGUGUUUCCGGAGAUGUUUCACAUUGUGAAGCUAAUUCUGCCGUCCGCGUCCCUGUCUGUAUAUUGGUAUCAGAUGUUUAUUUUUAAUUAUUUCGGCUUUACACCUACUGAGAUUUCUAUUCAUAUUUUAACUACAUUCCAUUCUUUUGUUUAAUAAGAAAUUUCGGAUGUUUCGUUUUUCUUCUAGCAAAGAGAUAGCGUGGUGAUAAUAUUGUGUAACAAUCGACUUGCAUUUAUUGUUUGCCUGUGGUACUCACGUCAACUAAUCUGAUGCAUUCCAUUCAAAAUAUUUUUGAAGAAUCUGUAUUGUUUCUCAGUAUCGCUUAGUUUUUAUUAUUCAUUAUUUUAAUAGUAUUUAAUUAUUAUUUAUUAAUCGAAUGAUUAUUUCCACAUUUUAAUUUUAAACAGUAUUUUUAUAGUUGUUAAGACUGACACAAGAUUAUGUAUUGCAAACACUAAGUAUUAAAAUGUUAUAUUUUAUUAAAAAUAGUGUGGUGGUAUUACUUAUAACUUAUUACAGCUAAUUUAUUAUUGCUAGUAUUUGUUGAUUGAAAUAGCUUCAAGAAUAUUGUCACUUAUAAUAAGUAAUCCAGAUAUUAACCCACAGACAUUAUCUAAUGUAACCAAAUUUUUAUAUUUAAAAUGAUGUAAAAAUAAAGUUUUGUUAAACUUU